UAAUUCCAUCAUCACAUUUAACAAUUUGUGUAUAUAUACAGAACUAUUUGCUCAUCGAUUAAUUUGCACUUUAAAAACGUUUUCUUCCAUUUCAUACAUCUCAUAUCCUGUAGAGCCUAUACAUUACAUAGACCGCUGUGAUUUGUCACGCUUUCUCGUCGCCAAACCAGUACUUCCCCGGCUGGGUUCGUGCUGCUUCUAUCUAUAUUGAGCACCAAGUUCUCUGCAAAGCAUGGAACAAUAGCUUAACAGAACCGCCUCUGUGGAUUUUUAGUAUUUUCUGUUUAAAACCUUGCAACUGAGCACCAUUCGUGCAUUAAAAAGAGAAGCGAAGUAAGGUUUAUUUUUUUUUUGCUGUGCGAUGAAACCACGCAUGUGUUGAUCUGUGCUGCAGCAACGUGCAUCAAUUCCUCUUUGACCCCAGAGUUAAUCUGCAUUCAGUCAGAAGCUCCAAUAUAUUUGCUAGCUGCUGGAUUUUAAGGUUUUCCUGGGCUGUUGCAUUUAUGUAAUUUUUUUUGCAAUUAUUUCUUAAGAUCUGGGAAGCUUGCUUUGAUUUGAUCAGGUCUGACUGCUUCCGCAGCACCGCUGCAGAUCUCAUUUUCAAACCCGAAUGCUAAUGCAACCUGCUAUGUGUGUAAUGUAUCAGAGAGAAGGUAGACAGUAAAUAAAGGGACUCGUCCAUCUGCAAUAAAGAGAGGAAAAAAGAAGAUGGUGAUCAUGGCUCCUCCAAAUUUAACAUAUAAAUAUUCGACUGCGGUGACGAAGCCUGUUUACUCUCUGAAGAUAAUUAUAUGGGUUUUUCUAAUCGCCAAUCUUCCUUCCAGAUCUCUCCAAAAAGAAGAUGAGGAAGAUGAAGAUUUAGUGUCCAACAAAACCUGGGUGCUGACUCCAAAAGUAUAUGAAAGCGAUGUCACACACAUUUUAAACAGCUUGCUAGAUGGAUACGACAACAAGCUGAGGCCAGAUAUAGGAGUUAAGCCAACUGUAAUCCAUACUGACAUGUUUGUAAACAGCAUUGGUCCCGUAAAUGCUAUAAAUAUGGAGUAUACAAUUGAUAUAUUUUUUGCGCAAACCUGGUAUGACAGACGGCUGAAAUUCAAUAGCACAAUGAAAGUCCUUCGACUCAACAGUAACAUGGUUGGCAAGAUUUGGAUACCUGACACUUUCUUUCGGAACUCAAAGAAGGCCGAUGCUCACUGGAUAACAACACCAAACCGCAUGCUUAGGAUUUGGAAUGAUGGGAGAAUACUGUACACCCUAAGGUUGACUAUUGAUGCUGAGUGCCAGCUAAAACUGAACAACUUCCCCAUGGAUGAACAUUCCUGCCCCCUGGAGUUUUCAAGCUAUGGCUACCCCAGAGAAGAAAUUGUCUACAAGUGGAAAAGGAGCUCGGUUGAGGUUGGAGACACCCGGUCAUGGAGGCUUUACCAGUUUUCUUUUGUUGGGCUGAGAAACACCACAGAAGUUGUGAAGACAGUUUCAGGAGAUUAUGUUGUGUUGACAGUCUUCUUUGAGCUAAGCAGGAGGAUGGGCUACUUUACCAUUCAAACCUACAUUCCCUGCACUCUAAUUGUUGUGCUUUCCUGGGUAUCCUUCUGGAUUAAUAAGGAUGCAGUACCAGCCCGAACAUCCUUAGGUAUCACGACUGUUCUGACAAUGACCACUCUGAGUACCAUUGCUCGCAAGUCCCUGCCCAAAGUUUCCUAUGUGACUGCGAUGGAUUUGUUUGUGUCUGUUUGCUUUAUUUUCGUAUUUGCUGCCUUGAUUGAAUAUGGAACGCUGCACUACUUUGUCAGCAACAGAAAACCAAGCAAAGACAAAGACAAGAAGAAAAAAAAUCCCCUCCUUCGGCUGUUUUCUUCAAAGACGCCCACUGUGGAUAUUCGUCCUCGCUCUGCGACAGCCAUUCAGAUGAACAAUGCCACGCACCUCCAGGAGAGAGAUGAGGAGUAUGGCUAUGAGUGUCUAGACGGCAAGGACUGCACCAGCUUCUUCUGCUGUUUCGAAGAUUGUCGGUCAGGAGCCUGGCGACAUGGUCGAUUGCACAUCCGCGUCUCUAAAAUAGACUCCUAUGCUCGUAUUUUCUUCCCUACUGCUUUUGGUUUGUUUAACCUAGUAUACUGGGUCUCAUAUCUCUAUCUUUAGAUUGAAUAUGUAGCUGGCCUUAAUGCACAAUUACAAGACCGUAUCUUUUUUGGCCUACUGAAAAUGAACGCAACAAAAAGGCUUGCCAUCUGUAUUUGUUUUUCUUUUUUUAUGUGUCAUUUUUUUAAGAAGCAUCGGUUCAGAUUGAUUAAGCAAAAGUUGUAGCAUAUUCCAACAGAAAGGUUAGUGAAUGGGUUUUUGUUCUUAAAAUGAACCAAAAAAUAGAGAGGACUACAGUGAGUUUCUGGGACAUUUUACAGUCACAGCUGGACUGUUGUGCAGUCCUAUGAAUACCUUGAUGUCUUGGGGUUUAGAGUAUUGUAACCUGAAUUGAGGGUUGCAAGAACUAAAACAGAGGCAGCACUGUUUUGUAUCAUGAUACAGCUCUAACAUGAUAGCCAAGAGAUUUUUCUUUGGGGUUUUAAGCAUACUUUAAUGGGAUUUUUCCUAUCCCAGAUACCCCUUCUCAAAGGUGCUGAAGCAAAUUAGUCCAGACAGUGGCCAUGGUAUGCACAUAACAAUGUUCAUAAAACCAGUUUCAGAAGUCAGCAGACAAGUUCUGGCUGUCAGACUGAUUAUUGCAUAUACAGUAGGGUUUACUGCAUUUUUUAAAAUGUGACCAUUUCUUAAGAGAAUGGUUGCACUAGAACAGAAAAGAGAACUCUAAAACAGUAAGAAGAUGUUUUCAAAAACAUUUAAUCAUUCACUGUCUUGAUUUGUUUGUAUAAUGAAGCCGGGUGUCAAUUCGUAUCUAUGAUCCCACUGUGUUUCUGAACACUAUGGCUUCUGAAAUAGUAUUUCUGAUUGAAACAAUGUAUUGCACGAUAAUGAAUGAAUAACCAUACAUCACUGAAGAGGAAGAGAAAAUGGAUAUAAUAUGUAUACCACUUAAGUAAUGUGAAUGAGCACUUUAAAAGUGUGAUGCACAUUUACACAGCAAGUGUAUUUAAAAAAUUUGAAUUUGAAUCACAGAAUCAUAGGAACAGUGUUGCUGUUAAAUGUAUUGAAGAGGCUAGAAAAACAUAUGGUCUCAGAUCAAUUGUAAAAACACAAAUGUAAAUAUUUGAAUAUACUGUAGUGGAUUACAUUUAUUGCAUGCAUCCAUGAGGCCAAAAAUGAAAAUAUGUAUUACGGUCUUAUUCUGUUGUCUAUGAAAAAACACUGUAAAUGAUGGACUUAAUUUUCUUUUCUUUUUUUUUAAGAAAAGGAGAAGAUUUAAUUGGAAAAAAACUUAAAAUGCUCAGCUAUCCCAUGUGCAUGAGAUCUACGCUGGGAUUAAAGCCAGCUGUAGAUGGAGAGAGAUCAUAUUUCGACUGCUUAAAGUGGUAAAGCAAAACAAUUUGUAGACAGCAUCACAUAGAAGUGAGGGUACUUCUCUUGUAGUCUGUGUUUUUAUGUUUGCUUUCCAGUAUUUCAAGGAAAUUCCGAAUAUUAUCCUGGUGCAUCAAAUCAUAUUUUUGGUCUGUUACUGCAUAGAGAUAAAGAGAAUGUUGUUGGGUUUUUUUUACAACAAAAAAUAAAUGAUAAAGUUCCCUGUA